AUGAACUCGCUUGAUCCGCAGGUGGCACACGAGCUUUCGAAGCUCGACCCAGACGUACCGUUCCGAGCGACCAAAGCGCACCUACACCACACUUGGGCCAAGACCUUUUAUUCCCGGCCGGAGCUUUACAUCCAGCCUGAAUCUGUUGCCGAAAUCCAAAAGAUUGUCAAUCUCGCGCGCAGAUGUCGUCGCCGGCUCGUGACCGUGGGCAGUGGGCACUCCCCUUCGGAUCUGACCUGCACCUCCUCGUGGAUCAUCAACCUUGACAAUUUCCGUCGUAUCUUAUCUUUUUCGAGCGAAACGGGGGUGGUAACCGUUGAAUCGGGAAUAAGGCUGUGGCAACUGGGUGACGAAUUAGAGAAAUGCGGUCUCAUGCUGCCAAAUCUGGGGAGCAUUGACAGCCAGUCGGUUGCAGGGGUGAUAUCGACGGGUACCCAUGGGAGCUCUUUGCGCUUUGGGCUUCUGUCUGAUUUGGUGCAGUCGCUGUCGAUAGUCCUCGCCAAUGGUCAAGUUGUGAGAUGUAGCGAAGCCAGCAACUCUUCGCUGUUUCGAGCGGCGCUGUUGUCCCUUGGCGCUAUCGGUAUCAUUACUGAGAUAACGAUUCAGGCGGUCCCCACGUUCAAUAUCGCUUGGAAACAAACCUUGAAGACGCUACCGCAGGUGUUGGACGACUGGGACUCUGGGUUAUGGACAAGCUCGGAAUACGUGAGAGUGUGGUGGUUACCGUAUCUUAAGCGUGCCGUCCUCUGGCGUGCCGACAAAACUGAAUUGCCACUUCGAAAACCGCCUUCCAAUUUCUAUGGUGGGCGAUUAGGGAGCGCGAUUUAUCACAACUUGUUAUACCUAGCCAAUUACAUUCCCAGGCUGCUACCUUGGGUGGAAUGGCUCGUUUUCGGCUUGCAAUAUGGGUUCAAGCCUGGAAGAUACGUGCCAGAGGCCGUGGAACCUGGUCGAACUGGUCUGCUGAUGAACUGUUUAUACUCUCAGUUUGUCAAUGAAUGGGCUAUUCCCCUUGAAAAGGGGCCGGAAGCCAUUACUAGACUAUCCGCAUGGCUCCACGGUGACACUGAAACUGCUAAGAUACCCUUCAGCCCCAAAGGCGUAUGGGUGCAUUGCCCUAUUGAAGUUAGGGUGUCAGACACAUCGAAAUCAAACACGCCACGUCCUUAUUUAGAUGCAAGUAACAGAUCCGGUCCGACGUUGUAUCUCAAUGCCACGCUAUAUCGCCCAUACCUCCGCGAUCCACCGUGUACUGAAAGGUAUUAUGAAGCCUUUGAAUGGCUGAUGAAGGAGCUCGGUGGACGUCCUCAUUGGGCGAAGAAUUUCAGCGAGAAAUUAGGGCCCGUGGAUUUUCAGGCCAUGUAUGGGACUGACCUUGAUGAAUGGCUAAGAGUCAGAAAUGAGGCAGAUCCUGUUGGGAUGUUCCUGGGUGAAUGGCAUCGCAGAGCGUUUCUUUCCGCCCAACAGGAUGACUCGAUCAAUUCCGCUUUCCCGCUUGCAGAGCGGGAGCAAGAGCGCCGAAAGUUUGGGAAACUUGGUGCCGGGGAUGGUCUUGAGUGGAUUGGGGAUAGAGCUUGGUCCCAUCCCAAGGCCGAACUUGGCAGACCCAAGGAGGGUGACUAUUUUCAGAACACUUCUACCCCGAGUCCACCAGCAACUACAACAAGUGAAGAAAGUUUUGACUACCUGGCCCACGGUGAAGCAAGUCUCGUGGGAUUGUCAGGACGAGAUGGUUCUAAAUUUUAA